CCCAGUAGGAUAUAGCAUUACAGCCAAAAUGUCUCUAGGUUGCAUUACACCAUUGGCUUCCAGUAUGCUUGUACACAAGUUACAGAAGCCAGCACUUCAUAAGCCUCUUUUUCUUCAGAAGCCAUUCAUUACACCGUGCCUUAAGACCAAAAUCCCUGCGCGCUGUAGAAUUGCUCAAACUCCCAUCAAUAUGGCACUGAUUACCACUGAUGAAGGCAUAACACGACGCAUUGGCAAUCAUCAUCCUAACUUGUGGGACGAUGAUUUCAUACAAUCCCUCUCAAAAGAUUAUGAUGCUCCCUCUUAUCAAGGACGUGCUGAGAAGCUGAUUAAGUUUAUCAAGGACAGGUUCAAUGCCCUUCCUGUACAGUCUUCAUCUGCAGACGAUCUGUUUCAACAUCUUUCAAUGGUUGACAAUGUAGAACGCCUUGGAAUUGACCGUCAUUUUCAAACUGAAAUAAAAACAGCUCUUGACUAUGUUUACAGAUAUUGGAGCGACACAGGCAUUGGAUGUGGUAGGGAGAGUACUCAUGCAGAUCUAAACACCACAGCUUUGGGUUUUCGAGUUCUUCGCCUACACAGAUACGGCAUCUCUUCAGAUAUGUUACAGCAAUUUAUUCGUGAAGAAGGACAAUUGUUGCACUUUAAUAGUCAAUCAAAUGAAGAGGAGAUAAAAGGCAUUCUAAAUUUAUUCCGUGCUUCACUCAUUGCAUUUCCUGGGGAGAAAGUUUUGGAUGAUGCGAAAUCCUUUACUACAACAUAUUUGCAACAAGUUCUACCAAGGAUUAGCAAUUUAAAUCUUUCAAGAGAGAUAAAGUUCAAUCUAGAGUAUGGUUGGCACACCAAUGUGCCUAGGUUGGAAGCAAGGACCUAUAUUGACAUAUAUGGAGAAGAUAGUUCAUGGGCUUCCAAGACCAUUAACAAUAUUUUCUACACAACACUUUUAGAAUUGGCAAAGUUGGACUUCAAUAUGAUUCAAUCUCUACAACAAAAAGAGCUUCAAAUUCUCUCAAGAUGGUGGAUAGAGUCCGGUUUGGGUAAACUAGAGUUUGCUCGUCAUCGACAUGUGGAGUAUUACCUUUGGGCAGCUAUGGGGUGUAUUGAGCCCAAAUAUUCUACUUUUAGAAUUGGGUUUGCAAAGCUGUCCGCACUUGUUACAUAUUUGGAUGAUAUUUAUGACACUUAUGGAACUUUGGAUGAGCUCAAAAUAUUCACAAAAUCCAUUAAAAGGUGGGAUUUGUCAGCCAUGGACAGACUUCCAAAAUUUAUGAAAGUGGCAUUCAAGGCUUUUGAUCAAGCUGUGACAGACAUGGCUCAAGAGGCCAAGAAAACUCAAGGCAGAGACACACUUAAUUAUGCACGUAAAGCUUGGGAAGUUUAUAUAGAUUCUUACAUGCAAGAAGCAGAGUGGCUUGCUGCGGGUUAUAUACCAUCUUUAGAGGAGUAUUUAGAGAAUGGAAAAGUGAGUGCUGGAUCUCGUGUUGUGACCUUGCAACCUAUAUUAUCACUAGAUGUGCCUCUUUCUAAUGACAUUCUCAAAGAAAUUGAUUAUCCAUCAAGGUUUGAUGAGUUAUUAUGCUUAACACUGAGAUUAAGAGGUGAUACAAGGACUUUUAAGGCUGAGGCUGAUCGUGGAGAAGUAGUAUCAUGUAUAACAUGUUACAUGAAAGACCAUCCUGGAUCUAAUGAAGGAGAUGCAUUGAAGUAUCUCAAUUCUUUGAUUGAUGAAAGACUCAGAGAAUUAAAUUGGGAAUAUUUAAAACUCAAUAAUGUUCCAAUCAUUAGCAAAGAUAAUGCAUAUAAUUUAUCAAAAGGUCUCCAACUUUUGUAUAAGGAAAGAGAUGGAUUUACCGUCUCUAGUAUUGAGACAAAAAAUCUCAUUAGCAAAAUGAUGAUUGAAUCAAUUCCAAUGUGACACUUAUAUUAGAUUAUAUAUUUAUAGGUGCACAAUCAUCAUGCAAUAAAGGCUCCUACCUUCAUAAAAAAUUAUA